UUAUAGUUUUAACCGAAAAGGAAGUUUAAAAUUUGUUAAAAAUAAGUGAUCAAAAUUUUAAGUUAGCCUUUCAAAAAAUGGCGUGUGAUUCAAUUGGUACGUUGAUUUUGUCAGCUCUUCAGGAAAAGGAGUGUCCUGUGACUUUCCGGGAAAUUUUAGAAGACGUAGCCUUUCAGCUUAAAGUGGCAAAAAUGCAUAUAAAGCUCGGCGUAGUAGUUGCAUUGCGACUUGGCAUAAAUCGCGGAUUAAUCCUUAAGUCUGGGCACCGAUUCUACGUGAAUAAAUCAGUGAAAAAGGAAGCCAAAGAGCCGACAUGUCCCACAAAACUUGUAGAUCGUAUCGUCGUAUGCCCACAGGAUGAAACCUUGCUUAAUAAGGAUGGAGAUUUUGUUGAAGUUUUGACAUAUUCCGACGAUGAAGAGAUUAUGGUGUUCAAUGUCGUAAAACAACAGAAGAAUGAAUUGCUUUUAAAUGAGUCUAGUCACACAGGAACCACGGAGAACAUGUCAGUGACGUCAAGUUCCAGUGCUAAGUCCGAAGUAUGCAAUUCAGGCGAAGGAGACGAUAUGGAAGUUGAACAGGGGGAAUCACAAAGGUCAAAUAGCAGUAUAAAAAGCGAAGAAAUUUGUUCAGAUGUAUCCAUGACCGAUGUCAGUACCGGCAGUCUAGAAAGAAGCAGUCACCUGCACCAACCCGGCACUGGUAGCAAGUGCUCCAGAUCCAGUGGAUUUGACACGGGGAGGGAGAAGCACUGAGGGACAGCUUACGACGGCCACAAGAUCCACUCUGCCAGAUAGUCCAAUGACAACACAAAACGAUCUAAUUACGACAGCCAGCAACUUAGCGACAGCAAAAAAGCCAGCCACAGCAGCCUCGCAGGCAGAAGAUACGGCACAAACAGCAGCAGGAACAGCAGCAGAAACAGCAGCAGGAACAGCAGCACCGACAGAGGCAACCGGCUCAUGGAGCUCCACGGCCGUAGCCCGGGGCAUGUCAUCAGCAGAUGGAACAGGGGAGGCGAUGGCAACCAGCCAGUCAGCACAAAUUGGGCUAACUACUCAGGCCACAGUACGGCAAACAGAAGCGCAGACAGCAGCAGCGACACAAGCCGCAGCAGCAACAUCAGCAGUAGCAGCAGCAUCAGUAGCAGCAUCAGCAGCAGCAUCAGCAGCAGCAACUGAGACCGCAGCAGAGAUGGGCAUAUCAACAAUUUAUCCAACAUCAACGGAAACGGAUGUGCACAACUCCAUUGAGCGGCAGGCGGGGCGAAGGGGAACGAUGGCGAACGCGGUGCAUCCGGGUGUCGCUGAUUCAUUGACCAAGGGCUUCUCCAUACCGACCUUCCUGCCGCCAUUUCCCGUUUUUGCGGCAGCGGAUCUGCCAGCUUACCGCGCCGCUGCCGAUGCUGCCGAGGCGGCCAAGUUGGCGGCAGAGGCGGCGGCCCAGGCAGCGGCCGCCAAAACAUCCUCGGAAGCGGUGACAAUGUCGCCGGAGGAGCUGCGCCGGCGAACGUAUAAUGAGCAGCACUCCUACCUGGCCGCCCACCGCGAGGGCGGCGAGGGGGCGGGGUCGGCGGUGCGGCGCAACCUGACAAUGCCCGUGCUAAACAUCACCGCCCAGAUGGGAAACCACGCCUACAUGCCGUGCCAGAUACAUCGAUUGUCGGACAAGCCCGUGUCAUGGGUGCGCAUGCGCGAUAACCACAUCAUCAGCGUGGACGAGACCACCUUCAUAGCGGACGAGCGAUUCCAGUCGAUAUACCAGGAGGACCACGACUACACCUGGUCACUACAGAUCAAGUACGUGGAGCCCAGCGAUGCCGGCUGGUACGAGUGCCAGAUGGCAACGGAGCCCAAGCUGAGUGCCAAAGUCCACCUGCAGAUAGUCAAACCCAAGACAGAGCUGAUUGGGGAUCAGAGCCGCUUCGUGAAGGCGGGCAGCAAGGUGGCGCUGCACUGCAUCGUACGGGGCACCUUGGAUCCGCCCAAGUACAUCAUCUGGUUCCGGGGCCAGAAGAAGAUUAGCGAAAGCGACGAGCGGACCGGCUGGUACACGCAGCUGGAUCGGAAUAUAUUUGGAACCGUGGGCGAUAAUCAGAACACGAUCGGCUCAUUAAUUAUACCGCUCGUGCGGAAGGAGGAUUCCGGCAAUUAUACGUGCCAGCCGUCGAACAGCGUCUCCGUGUCCGUGGACCUGCACGUGCUAAGCGGUGAAUAUUCCGCAUCGGCCAUCAUGUCAACGGCGGCAAGGACGGCGAAAGGCGGAAGGAGCACGUUCCACUCGACGCUGGGACUCCUGGGAAUCCUUGGACUCCUCUGGGCGAUGCAGGGAGCGAUGCACACACCACCGACCCAGACGUGACUCGCCUAUUGAACGCCUGGUCGUGGCGUCCGACUUCCAAUUAUUUAGAUUAAUUAAAGGCGGCCUUGUAAAUAGCGGAGAUGGCAAGCGGAGGGGCAGGAUGUGGAGGAGGUGGAGGAAGAGGAUUAUGAGCAGGAGCAGGAGCAGGAGCUCUGUCGAAACAGAAUUGACGGUUCUGUAAUUAGGUUAAACGUUACCACAACUCUCAUGUCUGCGUGUCUCACAUUAUCCCCAUACCAUACGAUACCCGUACUGCAUUCAAUCUAAUGUAAAAUUCAAUUUAAGCAGACCCCAUUUCAAGUUGUGAAAUCGAAUCAAUAAUUAGAUUAUUGCCGGAGAGAAAUAUUAUUAAAUGAAAAUAAUAAAACUGAAUCAUAAAAAUCCAUCAUAAAUAGCAGGCAUUCAAUAAAUCAUGUGAAACUUUA